ACAGACAGUCACUUUGCCACAAAAGGAUCGGCGACGGGAUUAUGGCGAUGGCUUGAGAUCCAGCCUGCAGUCGAGGGCGGCGAUUGGUCAAUGCAGCCGGGCCGCCUGGAGGAAACUUCUUUUUUGUUCCUGCGCAGAGGGAGAUGAAACAGAUGGACACCUACUUUGCUCCCCACACUUUAUGGGGCCAAUCAGGGGCCAAAGUGCGGCAACAACCAGCGGUCUUCAGGAGCAGAGUCACAAGAAGCAAGAGAGAACACUCACAUGGGCCCACUGGAGAUCCCCGUGUAUAUAAAGACCAGGUCCCCGCCUCGUCCUGUUCAUAAAUAACAUCCAUCUUCAUGGACAGAGACGCCAUCAAGCAGUCGCACGACGCAGAUGUCGUGCAUGAUGAAAAGCUUCAUCAGGAGACAACGCCAGAGGAAGGCGUCGCCGGUCGUGUGCAAAAUCCACUUGCACAUCUGACUCAGGAGCAGCUCCUCUCCGACGUCGACGCCUUUUGCGCAGAGAACGAGCUGAGCGAUCUCGCAGACGAUAUCCGUCGCGGCGCACUCGUUGCACAAUCCCCGCAUGAUUUUGGUCAUGUCAACUUGACUACGGAGGAGCGCGACCAUAUCCAGCGCGAAGUCACACACCGAUGGAAACAUCCUUUGGCACUCUAUGUCACCAUCAUCGUCUGUUCCAUCGGCGCGGCCGUCCAGGGAUGGGACCAAACAGGUUCCAAUGGCGCCAAUUUGUCAUUCCCGCAGGAAUUUGGUAUCGGCAGUGACAGCGACUACGACACUUGGAUUGUCGGUCUUGUCAACGCUGGUCCAUACAUUGGUUCUGCAUUCCUUGGCUGCUGGCUGUCUGACCCGCUCAACCUGUUCAUCGGCCGACGUGGUACUAUCUUUGUGGCUGCCAUCUUUUGCAUUCUCACACCCAUUGGUGGAGCUCUUGCACAGACCUGGGAGGAACUUUUGGCCACACGUUUGCUGAUGGGUAUCGGCAUGGGACUCAAAGGCUCAUGCGUCCCCAUCUUUGCUGCAGAGAACUCUCCACCACUCAUCAGAGGUGCCUUGGUCAUGUCUUGGCAGAUGUGGACCGCUUUUGGCAUCUUUCUUGGUUUCUGCGCCAAUCUGUGCGUCUACAACUCUAGCAUUGCCUGGCGUCUUCAAAUUGGAUCAGCCUUUUUACCUGCAGUGCCCCUUGCAAUCGGAAUCUACUUUUGUCCGGAAUCCCCGCGUUGGUAUAUCAAGAACCACAAAUACAGAAAGGCAUACCAAUCUCUUUUGCGCUUGCGAAACCACAAGAUUCAGGCUGCUCGAGACCUUUACUACAUUAAAGCGCAAAUUGAGGAAGAACAGGCAAUCGUCGGCAAGCAUGGCAAUUCUUUCACGCGUUUUGUCGAACUGUUCACCGUUCCUCGAGUCAGGCGAGCUACUCAGGCUGCCUUUACUGUCAUGUUGGCACAACAGAUGUGUGGCAUCAACAUUAUUGCCUUCUACAGUUCUACAGUGUUUGCAGAAGCUGGUGCGGGUCGUCUUGAAGCACUGCUUGCCUCUUGGGGUUUCGGUCUUGUCAACUUUGUUUUCGCGUGGCCCGCCAUUUGGACAAUCGACACCUUUGGCCGACGAUCUCUCUUGCUCUUCACCUUCCCAAACAUGGCCUGGUGUCUCGUGGCAGCCGGUGGUUCGUUUGCUAUUGGUGGCGUUUACUGCGGUGACACGGGUUCUUGCCCAACUGCACACUUGGCACUUGUGGCAUUGUUCAUCUACCUCUUUGCAGCAUUCUACUCUCCAGGUGAGGGACCUGUGCCAUUCACCUACUCGGCAGAAGUCUUCCCCUUGUCGCACCGAGAAACAGGUAUGGGCUUCGCCGUUGCAACUUGUCUCUUUUGGGCAGCCGUCCUCUCCAUCACCUUCCCACGCAUGCUGGCAGCCUUUGGCCCACUUGGCUCAUUCAUGUUCUACGCUGGUCUCAAUAUGCUUGCCUUUGUCAUGAUUUUCUUCCUUGUCCCAGAAACGAAGCAGAGGACACUUGAAGAACUCGAUUACGUCUUUGCUGUGCCAACACGUACGUUUGCACGAUACCAAUUGUUCACUGCGUUGCCGUACUGGUUCAAGAAGACGAUUUUGAGGCGACACCCAGCACCUGUCAGGCCGUUGUAUGACUUUGACGAGUCUAUGGCGUCUAAUUUGCAGAAGCAGACACAGAAGGCAUAGAACCUGUUUUGUAUCCUUAGCUUAGAUUUAUUGAAUCAUGUCGACUCCUAUCU